AUGGGUGCCAGUCCUGCCUACGAAGGGACUCCGAACGAGUCCCAACUUCUUGAGCAGCUGCCGGAUGGGAUUGCGGCCCUCAUCCGCACGGCUUCCGGGACUCAGUACCUGAACGCGCUUGCAGUCGGCGCAUUAAAAUCAGGGUUUACAGAGAAGUUUUUCUACAUCUAUGAGCCAAUCUUCGUUGAUUUGGCUGCGCGCUGGACCCUUCCAGAGUCUGGCGUCGAUCAAAACGAAGUUAUAUCCGCGUUUGCACGAAUAUUACCGCUCGCUCCGCAUUUACGAUCCUUCGCAAGCCAAUAUGCCAUAUCCCGAGCUGGCCCUCUGUCGGCGUUGGCUGCGCCUAAUGCUUCGACUAAUCUGGAUAUAGACGACUUCACCAUUAGCACAUUACUACUCGCCAUUUUUCGUCUCCUUUCUUUCGAUGUAGAGGCCUUUUCACCUGCCAUCUCUCCAUCGCAACUACAGACAUUUUUCCGACAUGAGGACAAAGUGAUCCGAUAUCUUGCCGUCCGAUGCUUUUGUCUCUAUAUGCGUGCGGCUGAUGCGUCGACGGAAAGGAUUCUAUGGUCACAUUGUGGCGACGAUAUAGUGGAGGGUUAUUGGGAAGGCAUCAAAAUUGACUAUCGCUGUCUCGGGCUUUGGGAAGAGCGCCGUUGGGAAAUUUUGGAAAAACAACUCCGUUCGAUAAGGGCCACGCGGUCAUAUUCUGAGAGCCUUUCAAGAGUGGAGCAGUUGCGUGAAUUCCUCACUGCUCGAACCGCAGAAGUCUCUGGGGUAUUGAUCCCUCGCCAGGUUGAUACCUCACUCACACCAUCCGCAAUCGUGAAAACGCCUACAGCAGUAAGUAACUUGCGACGGAUUGCAGGGGCCCUCAUUACUCCUCAGCCAAUUCUUUUAAUUGGACUGCCGAACUCGGGCAAGACAAGCCUGAUAAAUGACGUUGCGGGUACUAUGGGCCAGUUGGAAUCAAUGGUGACUCUUCAUUUGAAUGAGCAAACAGAUGCCAAAAGCCUUCUUGGAAUGUAUUCAACUUCCCCGGCAACAGGAAGCUUUGCAUGGCAACCCGGUGUUCUGACCAAAGCUGCGAGAGAAGGUCGAUGGAUAUUGAUUGAAGACCUAGAUCGUGCUCCCUCCGAAGUUAUCGGUCUCAUCCUUCCAAUCAUUGAGAAGGGCGAGCUGACUAUAGCUAGCAGACGGGAGCGCAUUAAAUGUGCGGAAGGCUUUAAAAUUAUCGCAACAAUGAAGUCGUCGUACAAUAUCGCCGGAGAAGAGGUCGCCCCUAGUACUGCCAUCCUUGGAAGCCGACUCUGGAACAGGGUACAGAUUGAUCCGCUUACGAUAAAUGAGGUACAGGACGUGAUUGCGCAAAAGUUUCCUCUGCUCGAACGUCGAGUGGUCACGAUCAUGAACGUUUAUCAAAAGCUCUGCUCCUCGUUCCAUGGAAGCCUCGCCAUAAAAAGCUCCCAGGGUCGCACACCAGGUUUGCGUGAUCUCAUCAAACUCUGUAGUAGGAUGAACAAGCGACUCCAGCGACUUGGCGUUAAGACUGGAUACGAAGCCACUCCUGAAGGGAUUGACGACGAGAUCUUUCUCGACGUUGUGGAUAUAUUCCUCAAAUACCUACCAGAUACCACGUUAUCAGAUUCGUUAGCCUUGAAAGUCGCGGAAGCACUCCAUAUUUCACCGCAACGUGCCCGAUUCUGUCUACAUGAGCGAACGCCAGCGCUAUUGGACCAGGGAAACAGCCUCGUACUCGGUAGAGAGGCUUGCCGCAAGAUCAAGGUGCCAAGUAGCUCAGCUUCCAAAUUUGCAUCUGCUACGUCUCGCUUUGCCACAACGAGAGCCGCUUUGAAGUUAAUGGAGCAAGUUGCUGCUUCAGUCGAAAUGGCGGAGCCUGUUCUUCUUGUCGGAGAGACGGGUAUCGGUAAAACCACCGUUAUACAGCAUCUUGCUACAUUGAUGCGACAGAAACUCACGGUAGUGAAUUUAUCUCAGCAAAGUGAGAGUUCUGAUUUAUUAGGCGGCUUCAAGCCAGUCAACAUUCGUACAAUGGCCAUUCCAAUGUUCGACGAGUUCAACUCCUUGUUUGAAUUAACAUUUUCUGCGAAGAAGAACCAGAAGUUUCUCACUUCAAUUGCAAAGAAUGUUGCAAGCGGGAAUUGGGUGCGCUUAGUCAAUCACUGGCACGAAGCUGUUCGGUUAGCAGAUGGCGUCUUCAAGUCCGGCAACGGUGCCUCCCAGCCAGCAGAAGGUGAACAGCCCACCAAGAAAAGAAAACUGGAUUCACCCAAAUAUCAGCUCCUGCGACAAAGAUGGGAAAGAUUUGCAGCACAGCUCAACGACUUUGAAGCGCAAGUAGCUCAGGGCGAUGCCAAGUUCGCAUUUGCUUUCGUACAGGGAAAGAUUGUUCGUGCUCUGCGCAAUGGCGAGUGGGUGCUUCUUGACGAGGUUAAUCUCGCGUCACCCGAUACACUCGAAAACAUCGCAAGCCUCUUGCAUCAUGGCAGUGAGGGUUCACCCUCCGUUCUGCUUUCCGAGGCUGGUGAUGUAGAACGGGUAUUUGGACAUCCAGAUUUCCGAAUAUUCGGUGCCAUGAACCCAGCAACAGAUGCAGGCAAAAAGGACCUCCCACCGGGUCUUCGAUCCAGAUUCACCGAACUAUAUGUGCAAUCUCCCGAUAAUGAGCUGGAUGACCUUUUGUCAUUAAUCAAGAAGUACCUUGGGGACUUAAGUCUGAGCGAUUCCAGAGCAGCACCGGAUCUUGCCCAGCUUUACAUGGAAGCUAAGAAGCUCAGUAAUGAAAACAAGCUAACGGACGGUGCGGGCCAGCGACCACACUUUAGCAUUCGAACGCUCGUUCGUGCGCUUAUUUACGCUGCGGACCAUGCCCAAAUCUACGGCCUACGACGAGCAAUCUUCGAAGGGUUCUCCAUGAGCUUCUUAACCGUUUUAAGCCGUGAAUCUGAGGCGCUGUUGAUGCCGCUGCUUGAAAAGCAUAUUUUCAGUAAUGUGAAGAACAUCAGGGCAUUGCUUGGGCAGACACCCAGACCUCCCAGUGAUGGCCACGAACAUGUACAAUUCAAACAUUACUGGAUGCGAAGGGGUCAUUUGGUACCUGAAGAGCAACCUCAUUAUAUCAUAACCCCGUUCAUCGAAAAGAACCUCAAGAAUCUUGUGAGAGCGAGCUCUACCCGCCGAUUCCCCGUUUUGCUCCAGGGCCCAACAUCUGCAGGUAAAACCAGCAUGAUCGAGUAUCUCGCAAAGGUCUCUGGCAAUAAGUUCGUCCGAAUCAAUAACCACGAACACACAGAUCUGCAAGAGUACCUCGGAUCUUAUGUGUCCGAUGACGACGGAACCCUUCGAUAUCAGGAGGGUAUCCUGGUAGAGGCGCUACGGAACGGCUACUGGAUUGUCCUUGAUGAACUCAACUUGGCACCCUCUGACGUUCUGGAGGCACUCAAUCGACUUCUCGACGAUAACCGCGAACUGUUUAUCCCCGAAACACAAGAAGUGGUCCAUCCACACCCGAAUUUCAUGCUGUUCGCAACUCAGAACCCCGCGGGACUCUACGGAGGCAGAAAAGUACUUUCCCGCGCGUUCCGGAAUCGUUUCCUUGAAUUACACUUCGACGAUAUACCAGAGAGCGAACUGGAGUAUAUUCUCAAAGAACGAUCACAAAUAGCGCCAUCAUUCUGUACCAGGAUAGUCGCUGUGUAUCGAAAACUUUCUCUACUGCGCCAGGCAAAUCGGUUAUUCGAGCAGAAGAAUAGCUUCGCCACUCUGCGUGAUCUUUUUCGAUGGGCCCUCCGGCAAGCGGAUGACAAAGAGCAGCUGGCUAUAAAUGGUUUCAUGCUACUUGCAGAGAGAGUGAGGAACCCUCAGGAGAGGGCUGCUGUGAAAGGCGUUAUUGAAGAGGUCAUGAAGGUCAAGAUCGACGAAGAAGUCCUUUACAGCACUUCCGAGUUAGAUAAGCGUGCACCAUUGCUAAGGCAACUGACCCCUGGAAUCGUUUGGACCCGGGCUAUGAGGAGACUUUUCAUCCUGGUUUCUACAGCUCUUCAGAAUAACGAGCCCAUUCUCCUUGUGGGUGAAACAGGCUGCGGAAAGACUCAGCUGUGUCAAGCGGUUGCAGAUGCUUACCAGAAACAACUGCACAUUAUUAAUGCGCAUGUAAAUCUGGAAACAGGCGAUCUUAUUGGAGCUCAGCGGCCAGUACGGAAUAGAUCGGCUAUCGAAGACGCCAUGCUCAACGAUUUGCGAAUACUGUUGCAAGACGAGUCGAAGCCGUUCGAGGAGCUGAAGCAGAUUUUCGGCACACUCAGUGCCGAACAGCGACUAGAGUGCGAUCCACAGCUACUAAAGAAGAUCGAAAAGAAUCUUGCUCGAUUAAAUGCACUUUUUGAAUGGACUGAUGGAAGUUUGAUUACCGCCAUGAAGACAGGCCAGUUCUUCCUCCUGGACGAAAUAUCUCUCGCCGAUGACUCGGUGCUGGAACGGCUUAAUAGUGUGCUAGAGCCUCAUAGAUCGAUACUUUUGGCUGAAAAGGGCCCCAUUGACUCUAUGGUUGUCGCUGACAGCGGCUUCCAGUUUCUUUCAACCAUGAAUCCCGGAGGCGACUACGGAAAGAGAGAACUCUCUGCUGCCCUCCGGAACCGGAUGACAGAGAUUUGGGCUCCGCAAUUGUCUGAAGAUGAGGACAUUCUUCCCAUUCUUCAAAUGAAACUAGAGACGCAAUUGGAGCAAAUCCCUCGGGCGAUGUUACAAUUUGCAAAAUGGUUCAAACGCACGUUUCAAGGCUCCUCAACCAAUUCACUUUCCAUUCGCGAUCUUUUAGCUUGGGUUGAUUUUGUCAAUAAAUGCCAGGGCUCGGAUCCCUUGUUCGCUAUUAUUCAAGGUGCUGCAAUGGUAUUCAUAGACACACUGGGUGCAAACCCGGCUGCGAUGCUCGCAACCACGUUGCAUAACCUUGAAGGAAAUCGCAAACUGUGUCUGGACAAACUUGAGGAACUAUUCAACGUGGAUGCGUCGAAUAUCUAUAUGCAAAAAUCCGAUAUUGGUGUUCAAGACCAGGCAUUGCGUAUUGGGCCCUUUUACCUCACAAUUCAGGGUGAUGCUCAACCUGACCCGGAUUUCAUCAUGGAUGCGCCUACAACUAUUGCCAACUCAGUACGCAUUGCCCGUGGGCUGCAAUUAGCGAAACCAAUUCUUCUUGAAGGUAGCCCUGGCGUGGGUAAAACUACGCUAGUGACUGCUCUUGCUCGAGCCCUCGGGAAACCGCUUACCCGGAUUAACCUGUCUGAGCAAACGGACCUUACCGAUCUAUUUGGAUCUGAUGUCCCUGUGGAAGGUGGCGACGUAGGUCAGUUUGCGUGGCGGGACGCCCCCUUCCUACAAGCUAUGCAGCGUGGCGAUUGGGUACUCCUAGAUGAGAUGAACUUGGCCUCUCAGUCUGUGCUUGAAGGUCUCAAUGCUUGUCUUGACCACCGUCAGAUGGUCUAUAUUGCCGAACUUGACCAAACUUUCAAACGUCACCCAAAUUUCGUCCUUUUCGCGGCACAAAAUCCGCAUCACCAAGGAGGCGGUCGAAAAGGGUUGCCUGCUUCUUUCGUCAACCGAUUUACUGUGGUGUAUGCUGACAGUUUCACCGACACUGACCUGAAACGCAUCUGUGCCAGACUGUAUCCUGGCAGUCCUAUUACGCAGACCGAGCGGCUAGUUGACUUUGUCUCCAUCUUGAACGUUGCUAUAGUCCAAGAAAGGAGACUGGGAGUUCUGGGAGGUCCCUGGGAGGUCAAUCUACGUGACAUUCAGAGAUGGCUUCAAUUGGCUGAUCGCGGGACUUUGCAAAUACACACGAAGAACUUCCUCGAUAUAAUCAUCUCCCAGCGAUUUAGAUGUCAGGAAGAUCGAGAGCGGGUCCGCCACCUAUACGAACGUGUCUUUGAUGGUGUCUCCACGGCAGCCAAAAGUUAUUAUCAUAACAUGACAACAGAAUGCAUGCAGGUUGGCCUUGGAGUGAUGCGAAGGGAUAUGUUGCUGCAAGAAACUCCCAAUCCGCAUCUCAAGGUACUGCCGAGGGAUCUGUCUAUCCUCGAAUCUCUCAUGCUUUGCAUUGAACAGUCAUGGCCUAGCAUUCUGGUGGGAGCUUCAGGAUGCGGUAAAACAACAUUGAUAAGAAAGCUUGCUGCCAUUAACGGAGCCAACUUGGUUGAACUAGCUUUGAGCGCGGAUACCGAUACAAUGGACCUCGUUGGAGGCUUCGAACAGAUCGACCACAACAGAGAGACGUCGGCUCUUUUAGAGGAUAUUUUGCUGUUCGUGAGACGACAUAUACUCUCCAGCUGCCCGUCCGAAACCUCUCAAGAAGAGACGUAUACUUUGAUUGAACUGUAUGAACGGCUACAGAGCCCUGACUUGUCGCUGGAGCUAGUGUGCACGUUAUUAGAAACUGCUCGCCAGCGUUACGGGGACCCUGCAUUAGAGCGACUACUCGAUCGAUCGCGAACCCUAUUCCAGGUUUCCAAGGAAUCAGAGAGUUUCAAAGUUGGAUUUGAGUGGACUGAAGGUGUUUUGACGCAGGCCGUCCAGAAGGGAGACUGGGUUGUUCUUGACAACGCCAAUCUCUGCAACCCUUCUGUCCUUGAUAGACUCAACUCCUUGACUGAACCGAAUGGGUCUCUCAUUUUGAACGAGCAGCGCACUGAAGAUGGAAACGCCAGGGUUAUCAAGCCUCACCCGAAUUUCAGACUUUUCUUGACGAUGGAUUCGCGGAACGGAGAGCUCUCUCGUGCUAUGCGAAAUCGAUGCGUUGAGAUCUGCAUUUUGCCCCAAGAGGAUGUACCUCAGGACCAUUUUUCCACUCCCACCUACACCAGCCAGUCCUCCCUCUACCGUCUGCGAUCCCUUUGGACAUAUGGUUCUUCUGAUGAAUCAGGACAAGUGACUGACUCAUCGUACGAGAUCCGCCUCGACCACCUGUCAAUCUCUGACCUAGCGUAUCUCCAGCAGUCGCGACAUCUUAUCUCACCGUAUCUGACUGACAUUGAGGCUGGCCAGUUUUCGAGACUUUUGAAUCGCUACGUAUCAGUCAUUCAUGACAACCAAUACUGCCAACCCUUUGAUGCUCUCAAGAAGACUGUCAAUCUAGGUGAUGCUGUUUUCGCUAUUCAGGGUCAUUCACAGCCUCUUCAUCCUUUGGUCAAUGAACCUCUAGCUCUUGUGUUGGAACAGGAUCUUCCCCUCGACUUGCUUAUUCUACUGGCACAUUUACAGGAGUCGAAGAGAGACCUACAUCGCCUUAAACAGGCCCUAUUGCUUGCAGAGGAAUCCAGCCACUCUCUUAAGCCAAGCCAAAUGACUCGGCUGCAGCGGUCUUUAGCCUCAAAACGCAUACCUGCCUUGCUGAAGGAUUCAACGCAGCCAGUUGGCAGAUUCCUUUCGCAUUGUGGACAGGCCUUAUACGACUUUGUUCAAAGUCUGGACCUCGAUUUCCUCCGCCACCACGAUCCGAUGCCCCCUCUUCGGGCAGUCAUCAGAUUCUGCACAGAUAUGCUUAGAAUAACAGCAUCUAACGAAGUCGACGAAGGCAAAUUUUUGAUCUACCUUCAGAUUGGCAAAUCAUUGUGCGCAUCAAUAUUCGAUUCAGGUGCUGCCUUCAACGCAUUGGCUCAUUCUAUAUCUCAAGCACUUGAGCGGUUCCACGAAAAUUGGGCUCUUACUACAGGACUCGGAAUGCAGAAGCUCUGGGAAUCGUGGAGACCAGCAACAGCAUCAACUCCCGCUCAGUUGGCAUCCAUGUUAGACCUGGAAAAGGUCGCGUCAGAGUUCAUGCAUAUUGCAAACCGCACGCGUCUUGAUCUGUCUCAAUUAAGCCAAGUGCGUAGCUCAUUGGUUGAAACACAGAGAUUACUACUUAUGGAAGGCGCUGAUGAAGGAAAUCUUGUGCAAGGACUUCGACAAACAGUCACGGGUUUGGCAAGUGUGGUGCAAGACUCCGAACUGGCUCCAAACCCGUAUUUUUCGAACGAGUUUGAAAUACUAUGCCAGUAUCACGACAUUGCUGCUCUCAAGGACGGAAGCUCUUCGGCUGCUCAAACCGCCAUUCAAUCUGUGUUAGCUCUACUGGCUGGUCGCCCUGCCCAGCCUUUGAACUCGUCGAAACUGCAAAGUCGAGUUCCGGAUAUUCUUCAUCGGUUGUCCCUCUUCUCAGGAUAUCAGCGGUCGUCCGGGUCUGGAACCGCUGUCAGUGGAACUGUGUCUCUGUCGCUGCUCAACAAAUUAGCUUUUGUUGAUCGGGUCACUCUUGGUCAAAUGGACGCCCUGGAACUUGAAAAGCUGACACUUUCAAAGGCAUUGACUCUAACCAGCCGAGAAAUUGCAUUAGAUCAGCUCAAGCUUCUCCGACAGGCACUUUUGGAGCUUACCGCGGAGUUUGUUGAUGUUCACAAAGAGUUCUUUAACCCGCAGUCCUUUGAGCAACUGGUGACUCUACUACGUUUGGCAGGAAAGCGAGGCUUGCCACCCAGUUUGCUCUCAUUGAAUAUUCGCCUUGCGCAGAACCUACCGAACAACCACUACUUCAAAACUAUUGCUGAUAAGGCACUUCCAAAGCUAGUUACAGCCCUCUUGACUAGGUCUACAGGCGAAGAUGCCGCGCAAGAUACUGCAAGCGCCUUGGUACAACUCGCGGUUAUUUUGCUCUGGCUUUUUGUUCCUGAUAAACCAUUCGAUCCUUCGCUAAGCUUGGUAGUGGAGAGGGAACGGCAUUAUCAGCGGGUUGCUGAACUUACCGCAAAAGCUGAUGCUAUCACGCUGUUCGAGCAAGUCUUCUCUGGACAGUCGACAAACAUCAGGAAGGAAAUUGUGCAAGGCGAAUUGAGCAACCUCGGCUCGGCUCCUCCGCCUUCCUCUGUCACUCGACCAGCGACUUCAGAAAUCAACGUCCUUCAUGGUGAAUUUUCCAGUAUCAUCAAAUCCGUUCUCCGUCGCAAUCCCGAAAAAUUGAUCAACGCAACUAAGAAGGAUGCCGAGAACGAGCGGAUGAGAAAGCUGCUUCGUGACAACAUUCAGCAAUUGAGCAAGCGUUUGAGUACGAACUACAGAUCCUUCGAUGAUAUCACUAUUCUUGUUGUUCGCUUUUUGCAGAUACUUGACCUUGGUCUUUCCCUCAGCUCAACUUCCAACCAUGAACCGUGUGAGACAGCUCUUUUGCGGACCGUUUCUGGGACGACCCCCUUCCUUGGAGCUUCUGACCUACCGAUCAUAUCGUCCGAAAAUGGUUCUCCUAGUCACGAUUCAAAGCACGCAAUGGACUCUUGGUUCCAUGACUUAUCAUUCUUCAGGGUCGCUGAAACUAUGGAGCCUGGCCUUUUGCGGACCAAAACUGGCCGAGAAUCUCUUCUUCGUGUUGUUGACAAAUUCUACAUUCUGUGGAAGGCAAAACUGAAAGAAGACCAGGAGGAAUACGCCCGCAAGAAUGAGAUGUAUCACUUUAAAGGCUCUUGGGAGGAUAGUGAAGAGGUUGAUGCAAAUGAGCUAUACCAGCUCUUCCCGACAUACGAAGACGGUGCCGAACAGGUUAUAGAUUUGCCAGAUGCAGCUGAUCCAAAAGUUGUUUCGGUUCGACUUGCCGACCUUCAUGCGAAAUUGUUUGAGUAUGCAGAUAGCCAGACAGUGCUGUUAGACUACGUCAAACACUCUGCCAUGCUGCUAGGUUCAAUCUGGUCUGACAACGACUACUUGCCUUAUUCAAAACUGGCCCCAAAGGAGCAGAUAUCCGCCAUCCUGCUGUUGCUGGAAGAGGACCUUGCGAAGAGGACCACCACCUCGGCUAAAAACUAUAAUUUCUACACCGACCAGAACCCAGCUGAAGCCAAGAAGCUCCUUAUUCUGACACGUUCUAUCCAAGCCCGCUUUGUUCAGAUACAACAGGCCUGGCCCGAUCAUGCAGUUCCCGGAGACGUAAUCUCGGUCUGCAAGGAGAUAUACCAGUUCAGACAUACCGAACCCGUCGCGAAAUUUCUGACAAAGGUCGAGAAGCUUCAUUCGCUGGUCCAUGAAUGGCAGCUCGUAGCCAGCCGAGAGUAUUCAGCAGCAUCGUACUACGAUGAACUUACGAACCUAAUAAUAUCCUGGCGGCGAUUGGAGUUGUCAACCUGGGCAAAGCUCCUGGAUCUCGAGAAAGACAAAUGUGUCCAGGGCGUGAGUUCAUGGUGGUUCAUCAUCUUUGAGGCACUUAUCCGAGCUCCGAUUCAGAUUGCUGAAUCAGGGACGACAGACCUGAGUGACCAUGUGCAAGAGGUGGUUGGUACCUUAGAGCAGUUCACCCACUCAACGACGCUAGGAGAGUAUAGUGAGCGUCUCCGGCUCAUCAAGGAUUUCCGAGCUCUCCUCUCUCUCUAUGUCCAGGAUUAUCCGUCACUGAAGCAGCUCGUAUUCGCACUAGACAAUUUCCUCCAAUAUUACGCUCAAUUUGAGCCUGCGGUGUCUAAGUUUCUGAUCGACAAGCGGUCUUCUUUGGAGAAGGAUAUCAAGGAACAGAUACAGCUCGCUAGCUGGAAGGAUACUAAUAUUGUUGCGCUUAGAGAGAGUGCUAAGCGAUCGCAUGUCAAACUGUUCAAGCUGGUGCGUAAAUACCGCGAGGUUCUGGGCCUGCCAGUUGAGCAGAUCCUGAGCCAAGAUAUGCCUGAAGGUAAUGAGGAAACUGGCGUUUUCGGUCGUGAGCAGAUCUUCUCUUCUGCAAGUACUCCAGAGGCAUUGAUCAUUUGUGAGAAAGGCAAAGUGUGGUCCACUCGACCUCCUCGAUUCAUGAACCCUGAAGGCACAGUUAAGAGCAUGCUAACCAUGUAUACCUCAAUUCCGGAUGAGUUCGAUGUUGGUAACGACUUGAGCGGUUUUGUUCGAUUCUUCCUUGAAAGCAUCAAAGAAUUUCGGACUCAGACCCCUAAGGUCCUGACGGAGGAAAACAAGCCAGAUGUUCAACACCUGAAAGGCCAGAAACGCCGGUUCUAUGCGGACACUUUGCGGCAGCUCCUCGAGAUGGGUGUCAAGCGUAAUGCCGGCACUGACUUGAUCGAAUCGCAGGCUACCGUUGCUAAAGUGCUUGCCACUAGUCCCUCUCUCCCAGCCCAUCCAGCGGUAAUACAACUAGUUGAGGCUUGUGAUCGUUAUUUCUACAGGCUUCUAGAUCUAGUUCCACGUGCUCGUCAAGCUUCGCGCAGCUACUCAGAGGAACUCAGUAAUGUGGAAGUGUCACGGAGUUUGGGGUCCAUGGAGCAUCUUUUGUUCAUGAUCAGGAAACAGAGAGCCGCUGCUUCCUCGGCUCUAUCGGAUCUGGCAAAUCUCCAGUCUAUUCUCGCCAAGGUGUCUAAUCUCUGGAAAUCAGGAGCGUCAUCCAUCAUUCGGUCCAACUACCAUGCCGUGAGCGGAAAGCAGGAAGUAACAACAGCAAUUGCAUGGCUAGGGCCCACGCUUGGGGUUGCCUCAACAGUCGUGGAGCUGCAUUCCAAAUUUUCUGGAAUUGAUUCAUCAGAAAUCUCCAAUGGUCUGCAGACAUGGAAAGACACGUUUUACCGCCUCAGGCAAUCCAUCAAACACCUUCCUGAGCUGCCGAGUGGAGUUACUUCUAAACUCCAUCAGCAUACUUUCGACGACGCUGCAUCGUCUCUAGACCAAUUGAAGACUGAUAUCACCAAGUGGGCUCGAGACCGACCUGAUCUCACCUUCGUCCUAGAUCAAUUGCUCCGCUGGACCAAGGUCAAGAUGGGCCCCGCUAAGUUCGUUGAAGAUGUGGAUGCAUUAACGAUUGAGGACUUUGACUCAAGCCUUACUGCAGCCACGGAUAAGAUUCUUGUCAGCCUCCAGAAACUUAAGGAAGUUCCAUCCUCGAUCACCUCCGCCGGUUUCCUCUCUCGAAGUGAUGAGUUCUUCACUAGAGCUUUGAAAUCGGCACAUCUGGCUGAUAUUACAAAGGCUCUCAUCGAGGUCCUGGAAACGCUGCAUCGUGUUCAGGAACACUCCGAUGUUGGUAUUCCUUUGGCAGUUGCACUACUGGCAAGCCUGCUGCCCAUAAUGAACAAGUAUUACGAUAUCAGUCAAGAUAUUGUGGGUCGCUUCUUGAACGUGCACCGAGAGACUUGCAAGAUGUCCUAUGUACUUGCCAAGUCCUUCAUUCAGGUUUCAUCUGAAGGCUUCUGUAGCCCACACGAAGAAUCAACAGAGGAAGGCCAGUCUGGAAAAUUGGAAAGCGGGACAGGUCUUGGUGAAGGAGAAGGAGCCGAAGACAUCAGCAAAGACGUUGGAGAUGACGAGGACUUGUCGGAGCUCGCACAACAGGAGCAACAAGAAGGGGCUGGAGAAGACAUUGAUAAAUCCAAAGAUGCCGUGAACAUGGACCAAGAAGACCUGAAGGGAGAGGAGGGUGAGCAUGAAGAGGAAGAAGACGGGGAGAAGGACGAAAGUGGCGAUGAGGGUGAGGAGGAUGAUAUUGAUGAAGAGGUGGGCAGUGUCAAUGACUUGGACGUAUCUGCCGUGGACGAGAAGAUGUGGGACGGCGGUCAUGACGAGCAACAGAAGGAGACGGAAAAUGAAGAAGGGAAAGGUGCUUCGGAGGCCGACCAACAAGCGGCAGCACCGGAGCAGAAAGAAGGCGAGAAAGGGGAAGAGGGUGACAAAGAAGGUGAAGAAGCGGAGGAAGAAGAUGAGGAAGAGGAAGAAGAAGCUCCGGAUGACGAGGGCGAGGCUGUUGGUCGCGAGGAUAUGGACGUUACGGACCCUCAGGCUCCGGAACAGGAAACCCUCGAUCUCCCAGAUGAGAUGCAGCUUGAUGGUGAUGAGAAAGGUAUGGAUGACGAGGAUUUCGGUAGCGAUGAUGGGCUUGAUGAUCUUCCUGAUGCUCCUAAUGAUGAGCAAAUGGACGAAAAGCCGGAUGAGAACAUUGAGGAAGAGGGUCCUGGUGACCUGCCUGGGGAAGAGGAAGAAAUCAAUCCGGACGAAGAAGCUCCACCAGAAGAAGAAAAUGCCAAUGCUGCCGAAGGCGAAGACGAGGCACAGGCACCUGCUGAGGAGCCCGAGGAAACCCAGCAAGAUGAAUUCCUCGCUCAAAGGGAUGACAAUGAGACUGCCGGAGAAGAAGUUGCUCCCAGCGAAGCCGUUAAUGGUGGUCUUGGUGCCGAGCAAGACCAGAAUCAAGAAAAAGGAGCUUCCGGCAACGCACAGCAACAGGAUGGCUCUACAGAUCCCUCUGUCGAGCCUAAGCAACAAACCGGUGCUGCCAAGGAGGGUGAAGAAAAUGAGAGGCAUAGGGAUGCGGGAGGUGGGGAUGAUAUCAAUCCGGAAGACCCUCAGUUACAGGCGUUUAAGAAGCUAGGCGAUGUCCUUGAACAAUGGCACCGCAGACAAAAAGAAAUCAUGAAUGCCUCGAAACAGGAGGAAGGUGAGACAGACGAACCUCUGCCACAGGACACAGAGAUGGGCGAUGCAGAUUUUGAGCACCUGGCAGACCAAGAUGAUGUCGCAGAUACCCAGGCGCUUGGCCAAGCCAGCGAAGAACAAGCCAAAGCCCUGGACCAGAACAGGGGCGUGGAGUCGGAUGUCAAACCUACCGAUCAGGAAAUGCUUCCCGACGCGUCGGACGAGCCCCAAGCCCUCCCAGAAAAUGAACUGGAGGAUGCAAUGCAAAUGGAUCACAAUGGCGCUUCUACGGAAGACCAGGCCGCCGGCGCUUUCAUUCCAGGAGCAUCGCACGCCCAACAGAACCAAAGUGAUGCUCAAGCCCAACCAGCAGAAAUCGAGCAGCUGGACGAAGUUGACUCACACUUAGCUGCCAUCCACCUCUCCUCGACUCUACCUCCCCUAACCCCGCGAGACGAAGCACAACGCCUCUGGUCGAAGUACGAAUCCGCGACAAACGACCUCUCUCUCUCGCUCACUGAACAGCUCCGCCUCAUUCUAGCACCAACCCUCGCAACCAAACUCCGUGGUGACUACCGAACUGGUAAAAGGCUCAACAUCAAGCGCAUCAUCCCGUACAUCGCCUCCCAGUACAAGCGUGACAAAAUCUGGAUGCGACGCUCCGUGCCCUCCAAACGCAACUAUCAAAUCAUGCUUGCUGUCGACGACAGCAAGUCCAUGCUCGAGAGUGGCAGCGGCCAACUCGCCUUUGAAACCCUCGCCCUUGUCGCAAAAAGUCUAAGCAUGCUCGAAGCUGGAGACCUCUGUGUCCUUGGUUUUGGCAGUGAAGACCACGUCCGUGUCGCCCACGAUUUUGGCAAGCCCUUUUCAUCUGAGGCAGGUGUCCAGGUCUUUCAGAAUUUCAGCUACCAGCAAACUGGCACCAACGUGCGCAAGCUUAUCGCCGACUCGAUCGCUCUCUUUCGGGAAGCGCGUUUCAAGCAAUCUCCUGCUGGCGGCAGUGCCGACCUUUGGCAAUUGGAGCUGAUUAUCUCGGACGGCAUCUGUGAGGACCAUGAAACAAUCAGACGCCUUGUCCGCCAGGCCCAGGAAGAACGGAUCAUGAUCGUGUUUAUCAUUGUGGACGCUCUGAAGGGGAACUCUAUCCUAGACCUCACGCAGGCGAGCUUUGAGCCGGAUAACGAGAGCGGUACUGGUGAGAUGAAAUUGAAAAUGAAGCGAUAUCUGGAAGGAUUCCCCUUCCCCUAUUACCUUGUUGUGCGGGAUGUGAGAGAACUCCCUGCUGUUUUGGCUACGGCAUUGAAGCAAUGGUUUGCGGAGGUUGUUGAUGUUUCCUCUUAG